AUGCAAACCUAUAAUGGCUCGCGCUUUUAUGCCCCCGCGCUGAUCCUGCUGGGAGUCCCAGGGCUGGAGUCCAUAUACACCUGGCUGUCCAUCCCCUUCUGCCUUGGGUACCUCAUAGCCCUGCUGGGGAAUUCCACCAUCCUCUUCAUCGUGAGGACCGAGGCCAGCCUCCACCAGCCCAUGUUCUACUUCCUCUCCGUGUUCUCCGCCACCGACCUGGGCCUCUCCACGUCCACCCUGCCCAAGAUGUUGGCCAUCUUCUGGCUUGGCCUCGGGGGGAUCAGCUACGGGGCCUGCCUGACCCAGAUGUUCUUCAUCCACACCUUCACGGGCAUGGAGUCUGUCGUGCUGGUCUGCAUGGCCUUUGACAGGUACGUCGCCAUCUGCCAUCCCUUGAGGUACGCCACCAUCUUGACCAAAACGCGGGUAGCCUGGAUGUGCUUUGGAGUUUUCCUGAGACCGUUCCUAUUGGUCCUGCCCCUUGCUGUGAUGUCCUCAUACCUGCCUUUCUGCAGCGGCCGGGUCGAAAUUGCCCACACGUACUGCGAGCACAUGGGCAUUGUCAAACUGGCUUGUACGGACAUCCGAGUCAACGGAGCCUACGGCUUAUUCACCAUUUCCUUCCUCAUGUUGGAUUUGGUACUCAUUCUUUUGUCUUACGUGCGCAUCCUUCGCGCUGUUUUCCGGCUGCCCUCCAAGGAGGCCCGGGCGAAGUCCUUGGGCACCUGUGGUUCCCACGUGGCCGUGAUUUUUAUCUUCUACACCCCGGCCUUCUUCUCCUUCCUCACCCACCGUUUUGGACUAAACAUCCCUCACUACGCCCACAUCCUGAUAGCCAACCUCUACGUGAUUCUGCCCCCAGUGCUCAACCCGGUCAUUUAUGGGGUGAGGACCAGAGAGAUCCGAAGAAGAAUAGCUCAAGCUUUCUGGCACAAAAGCCAUGCCUUUGCUAGGCUGUCCUGA